AUUCGUACAAAUCGAUUCUCGUGUAAACAUUAAUGCUCUAUAUUAAAGUAAUUACACAAGUAAUAAUUCAUUUGUUCUAUUACGACAAUAGCUAUCAUAAUUUUUCAUUUUUUUAAAUUUUUCAAUAGUAAAUAAGUGAAAAAGAAAUAAUAUUUACGUGUAAUUAUGAAAAUUUUAACGUCGUACAUUUUGAUUCUUGUUACGAUUUAUGAUAAUAUAAUUACCGAGGGAAAAGUAAUUGAUAUUAAUAUGGUAUCUGAUAUAAUUUAUAAAUUAGGAAAUAAGUUUGAAUCGUACUUGGUCCAUGAGUUAACUGUUCAAAAUGAAAAGUCACAAAUCUGUUCUCAUGGUGUGAUAUGCGAGGAUGUAACCAUACAAGUCUGCUAUGCUCGAUUAAUGCAUUUUUACAAUAACCAUUUAAUGUACAAAAUCGUUGAUGUUUUCAACACAUUAAUACUCAGGUUACUGAAUGAAUACAAUGUUUUAGUUAUGGCAUUGUUGUCUAAAUAUACUCAAAUGGACAGUAAUGUGAGUGAUGCAAUUGCAAAUGUCAUACAUUUGGAUAAUUCAAAGGCAUACUGUGUAAUCGGAUUUCUUAGCAUUAUCAAUGUAGAAUUAGAUGACAAAUUGCAAGAUUUUGUCUUUUUCGCUAAUUUAAUGCAUAUAUAUGAGAAAAAACGUGCAUAUUUUAAUAUUAAGACAAUUGUUGAAACUCAUUUUGGUAGUCGUGCAGAUGGUUUACGUAAUUUAAUUCCAGUCAUAUAUUCAGAUACCGAUCAGAUAUUGUCAGAGGUUAUCUCUUCAAAAUUUCCCACAUUAAGAGAUACCAUCAAUGAUUUUUCAUUGCCAUUUUGUGAAACUAAUUUACAGUGGAUACAACCGGAUUCAUGGUUGUGGACAAACUUAGAAUCUUUUCCAAGAGCAGUUAAAAGUUUCGAUGAAAAUUACAAUUUAUUGAAUUGGCAAGAUUUAAAGGUUACCUAAAUUGUUCAUAAAUAAUUUAUAAUUUAUAUUUACUGUUUAUACAUUUUAAUAUGUUUGAUUUUUGAUACAAAAAAUGUACCUAUUGGACAUAAUAACAUUUAUAGAAUGACAUAAUGAUGAAUUUAUAAAAAAGAUAUUAUUUAGUGUUUUCUGAAUGGAUCAUUACCGAGAACCUAUAGGUACAAUUAUAAAAAUGAAAAUAACUAACUAGUCUAAUCAAUGUCGCUGGAAGAUUACAUAAAACAUUUCAAUUUCAAAUGUUGACCAAAAUAUGUUUGAAAUAAUAAUAUUAACUAUCAAUAUUAUUAAUGUUGAUAAUUUCUUGUUUUCACUUUAGAUGGAAUUUAAAGCUGUUACUAUUACUGGUGGUGUGAAACAUAAUUAUAAUUAUGAUCUAUUGACAAGCGUAAAUUUUGUAUGUAAAUAUUGAAGAUACAUGUACAUUUUAAUAUUUUAUAUAAUUUAAAAAAAAAAAAACUGUAAUGUGGAUUAGAUAUCUGCUUAUAAAUAAAUAAUACAUAGCUAAGAAACAUUGUAGAAUCCUUGUAAAUUCUGCCUAUUUAGGAAAUGCUCAUUUUUGUUUAUUUUAUCAUUAAUAAAAACAAAACAAAUAUCAUAGUAGGUAUUCUUAUAUUUUAUGUGAACUAUUGCUAAAUUAAAAAUUAUUAUUGGUACUGAAAUAAUAUUAUUAACUAGCAAUAUUAUUAAUGUUGAUAAUUUCUUGUUUUCACUUUAGAUGGAAUUUAAAGCUGUUACUAUUACUGGUGGUGUGAAACAUAAUUAUAGUUACGACCUAUUGACAAGCGUAAAUUUGGUAUGUAAAUAUUGGAGAUACAUAUACAUUUUAAUAUUAUAUAUAAUUUAAAAAAAAAAAAACUAUAAUGUGGAUUAGAUAUCUGCUUAUAAAUAAAUAAUACAUAGCUAAGAAACAUUGUAGAAUCCUUGUAAACUUUUGCCUAUUUAGGAAAUGCUCAUUUUUGUUUAUUUUACCGUUAAUAAAAACAAAACAAAUAUCAUAGUAGGUAUUCUUAUAUUUUAUGUGAACUAUUGCUAAAUUAAAAAUUAUUAUAGGUACCUAAUAGGUAUAGUUUUAUUUCAAAAUAAUUAUUUUUGAUUCUUAAACAAAAACUCAUUUAAAUUAUUAUAAACUAAAUUCAGUUUCAAUACUAGUUGGUGAAGGUUGUGUUUUUUUCCGUGCGUCUGUUAUCUUAUUUUUUAAUAUGUCAUGUGUUAGUUGUAAUAAUGAUGUUUCGUCAUCAAAAUCUAUUGUAUGCAGUGGUUGUAGAAAUAGUUACUAUCCUGUCUGUACUGAACUUAGUUCUCUGUCAAAACUUCAAAUUUCUGGCGUUAUGAGGGAUUCAUGGAAAUGUGACGCGCUUUACAUAAAUAUAUAUUAAGGAGUAAGACUACGGGUUCUUCAUCUAUUCAUAAUUUAAAUCAGGUUAAGGCUGAUAUCUCGUCUAUAUUAUCAAAAAUAGAUAAUCUUGUCUCUACUAUAAAUUCAGUUGAAAAAUCCAUUUCUUUUUGUUUAGACACAAUUGAUGAUUUUGGCUCUAAACUAGAUAUGGUUAUUAGUCAAGUUAAUGACGUUGAAUUCCGUGUCAGUAAUACUGAAAAGAAAUAUAAAGUAUUAACUAUUAUUGUUGAAUUUGAUGUUAUUAUACUUAGCGAGACUUGGUUGAAGAAUGAUUGUAACAUUAGUCUUGAUGGGUAUAAAAGUUUUCACUGUUCAGGAAUUUUAAAUAAAUCAAAUGGUAUUUUAAUUUUUGUAAAAGAUUGCAUUGAUAUCAUAAGCUUAAAUUAUAAUUUAAUUGAAUAUUGUAAUUCAAUUUCAUACUUACUAUAUACACCAUAAAGAGUUGAUCUGUAACCCAUAAAGAAUCUGGUAGGUAAACGGUUGUUAAUGUCGGUAUUUUCCUAUGUAUAAAACUUAAUAUUAAUUUACCACUGUUCUACAGCAAGUAUCAUUUAAAAAAAAUAUUUAAAUGUGCUAAAUUUAGAUCAAAUUAGUUUGUACAUUUUCUUUUGAUGUUUGUUUAAAAUAUGUCUUAGUUAUUAUUUUUUCUUUUCUUUUCUAUUUUAUACCUCUUACUAUUUUUCUUUGAUUUCUAAAUUGUAAUUAAUAUUGAACAGUUGCACCAGCCACAAGCUUUUGGAGCAGCAUCAAAUAUUUAAAAUUAAAAUUUAUGUUAUGUAUACUUUUUAAAAAUUGUUUUUUUUAACAAUAAAUAUUUUAUUGUUAUUAUUAUUAUAAAUAAUUAUAAUAAAGAUAUAAAUUAUUAAUAACAUAUUUUUAUUCAAAUUGAACGUUCAUAUAAACCUAAAACAAUUUAGAUGAUAUAGUUUUUUAUUUUUGUAAAUCUACUUAUCUAUACACCUAUAGUAGGUAUCCUAUUCAUAGAAUUUUUAAAACAUGUUGUGUAAUAUUGUUAUUUUACAAUUUUUUUAAAUUUUUUUAAUAGUUAAAGGAAGAUUUGCAUGAAAGAUGCAAGGAUUUAUUUCUAUAUAUUCUAGAUCACGGUCAACAGGUAAAUGUUAUUUUAUCAUAAUAUAAUAUAAAAGUUUAAAUUCUAACUAAAUGAGCCUACAAUAAGUCGUAUAUUAUUCAAUAUUACUAUAUAGGGGUUAGAUGAAUGUGGUUGUCCCCUUACGGGCUUUUUUUCUCUGAAUGAUUAACAUACUUAACCGCCUUAUGUUAUCUUUAUUUUCAAUCUAUUUUAGAUUCUAAGCGAAGUGAAGAAUAUGUUGGUUGUACAAUGUUUAUUUAUAUUUUUUUUUUAUAUUGUGUACACAAUUUUUAACAGAAAUCUUGCUCCACGAUGUAUCAAGUUUAGCACCUUUUCAGAAGGGAAAUUUUUUCUAAUUGGUACUAUGAAUGGGUUAUUAUUUGAUUUUCUAAGUAGUUUUCAUAAUGAUUGGAUUGAAAAUGAAGGAAAAAAGUAGGGAAAAACGGACAAAUAUUUACAACGUAACAAGUUCAUAGUUUUACAUUUUUGUAACUUAUGUUUUCUAUUAGCAAUAUUUUUUCAAUCAAAAAUGAUAAAAGAAGUUUUUGUCGAAUUUUGGAUCUAGUUUCUCAAGAAGAAAGUCGUUUUUUUAUUUUCAUUAUAGGUAUUGGGAAAAAAAAAAAAAUGAAAACUAACAAAUUUACAAUGUUAAGAUUUCUUUAUUUUCUACCAAAAAUAUUGCUCUAAUAAAAAAUCUGACAAAGGGUUCAUUGUUGUUGCAUUUAUAAUCUAGUUAAUAAGUAAGAAAAUUGUUUUUUUAAUUUAGCAAAACCGAAAAAAAACGUAGAAAAAUGGGGAAAUCCACGAAAAUAGUAAUUAUUAUUUUAGAUUCUAAGUGUAAUGAAGAAUGUUUUGGUUUUUCAAAGAUGUUUAUUUUUUUGGUUCUAUAAUGAUUUUUUUUUUUAUGUAAACAAUUUUUCUACUAGAAAACAUAAUCCGAUUAUCAAGUAUAGCACCUUUUCUGAAAGAAAAUUUUCUCUGGGUGGUAUUUUAGAAAGGUCAUUUUUUAAAUUUUCAUUAAUAAUAGAAAAAAUGAGAAAAACUUCGGUCUUUAGGAUAAUAGAAUUUUUCUUUAAUAGAAAAAAACACAAUUUCUUGUGUUUUUCCUGUGUUUUUUUCCCGGAUUAUCACAUUUGCUAAGAAAAAUCUUGAGAAAAUCGAAAAAUGGUAUCGUCAAAAUACCUUCCCUGUCAGAUUUUCUUAUAGAAAAGGUGCUAUAAUUGUAAAUCGGAUCAAAAUUGCUGAUAGAAAAGUUGUUCACAGAAAAAAAGAAGGCCGUAAUAUUUUUAACUAAUACCUACAUUUAUUACAUUUUUCCGUUUUUCCUUAGAUUUUUUUUCGGUUUUUCCAAUUUAAUGAGAAAAUCGAAAAAUGACCUCUUCAAAAAGUACCUCUUCAGUCAAAUUACCUUUUAGAAAUUUUGCUACACUUAAAAACUGGAGCAAAAUCUUUGGUAGAAACAUUAUCCACAAAAAAAAAAAAUAAACAUCUUUGUAAAUUCAUAAGGUUUUUCGCUCAACUUAAAAUCUAAAAUUACAAAAAAAAAUAUUUCUUUACUUAUACUUAAUAAUUUUAAAUUAAAUAUUGUGGAAAAUAUUAAAUUAUAAAAAAUAUUACAAAAAUGUGUGUUAUGAUCAUUAUUACUUAAUUGUUUGGAAAUAGGUGGUUGACACUUGACAUUUAUCAAAGGUGGCAUUACAUAUCUGCCUUCGAUUGAAAAUUUGUUGACAUGGAACUGCCUAUAAUAGGUUAUAUUAAUUAGCAUUACAAAGUUGUAUAUUAUUCUUAGAUUACUGAUGAAAAUAUUCCAGAAGAUAUCCAAAAUAUAAUGCGUCGAUUACAAUAUAACUUUAGUACAAUGGUAAUUUUUUUUUUACUAAAAUAACAUUUAGAUUCUGUAUAAUUAAUACAAUAAGUUAAUAAGAACAAAGAAUGAGAAAGACAUAGACGACUAUAUGAUUAGGGAUGCUAAAGAGAGAGUUUACAAGCUAGAACCCAAGGUAGCGAUGACUUUUCAAACUAAAAGUUCAAGACACUAAGGCGACAAGUUGAUUACCUGGAAUAGUGGUCGUGUAUUAGUGUAGAUCAGUGAAUUAGAGUGAUGGAGUAAUCUUGAAUGAAACAUUGUAUGGUGAGUCUUCAUGAAGAUUGCGAAUAGAAACAAACUAAGGAACGGUUGUAUUUAAACGGAGGACCAUUACCAUUGAUGUAUAAAUAAGGAGUUUGUAUUGAAGUGAAAGUUCGGGUUUAAGUAUGGAAUGUUUUAGUAUUUAAUGUUUUCCUUUUUUGGUUUUUUUAUGAGGACCUCAAGUUAAUCUAUUAUAACGAGUAAUGUCAAGAUAUUUUAAUUUGUUAAUUUGUUAAAAGACGGCCUUCUGAAGAAUGGGCAUAUUCUUUUUAUUGAGUAUAAAAGGGACAAGGAGGUUAAGUGAGUCAAUGGAGCCAUUAAGAAGAGAUUUCAUGAAAGAAUUGUCGGUGUCGAUAUGGCGAGAGGCUAAGGAUGGAAGUUGAAGGGUAGAACGAAUAAGAGAGUAUUCAUGCUGGGGACGAUCAAUUUUUAAAAGGUAAGCAGCAUUUGAUAAAAACCUGUUUUGGACUCUUUCUAUAUGGUGGCGCUCGUGCAUUUUGCGCCCGUUAUCGAAAUCUUUACCUGCUGGAAUUAUGUAAGGUGGACUAAUCGCUCAAAAUUUAAAAUUAUAUAAAAUUAAUGUAAUAUAAUAAUGAUUAUAUAAUCGUAUAAAAUUGUCAAAAUUAUUAUAGUCUACUUGGUAUAUUUGAAAAUCCGAACAUAACGCAACUAAAGUCAAAACACUACUAAACAGUGAAUAUUUAAUCGAUAAUAAUAAUACGUCUAUUAGUUAUCCGAAGUCUAUAUCGAUUAAUAAGGUAAUAAUUAUGAUGGAAAAUCCAUACGUAUAAAAUGAUGUGAAAUAUAAUUUGUAUAACUAUUAUACUUAUCAGUUAUAAUUUUUUCAGAAAUCUGAAUCAGAACUAUAAUUUGACUAUUUUAUACGAUUAAAUUAUAUAAUAUUAAUUUUAUAUAAUUUUAAAUUUUGUUCGAAUAGUCUAUCUUAUAUUCAGCAGGUUUUUUUUUUCCAACCUAUAUUAGGUUGGUUUACAACGUUUUUAACUUCGCUCUCCACUUAUCACGAUCUUCAGCAAGUCUUUUUAAUCCGGCGUAUGUAUCAAGCCCUACGUCAUUUUUCAGUUGAGAUAUGUACGAGUUUCUUGGUCUUCCUGGUGGUUUGCGUCCUUCAAUUGCACCUUCUAUUAUAGUAUGAUACAAUUCUUCGUCAUGACGUAAACCGUGUCCCAGCAUGUCCCAUCGUCGUCACUUUAUGGCUUUAAUUAAGGAUCUUGUUUCUCCAACUUGGGUCAAUACAUUUUCAUUUGUUACUCUUUCUGUCCAGUUUAUUUUUUCUAUUCGUCUCCAACACCACUUUUCAAAUGCUUCCAGGGAUCUUUUUUCCUUUUCAUUAAUAACCCAUGUCUCGCAGCCGUAUAAAGCGACACUCCAUACAAAUGUUUUUAAAAAUGUCUUUUUUAUUGCUCUGCUAAUAUUUUUCGAAACCAAAAUUUUCUUUUUCUUGAUAAAAGUUGUUUUUGCUUGCCCGAUUCUUUGUUUAAUUUCCUGUGAACUUCUUCCGUCUGAUGUUAUUAGACUUCCCAAGUAUUUGAAAAACUAGAAACUUGGGAAAUAAGUUGGUUUUCUAAAUAAAUAUUUGCGUUAAUUGUGGGUUCACGAGCACAAACUAAAAUUUUUGUUUUACUUGAAUUUAUACGCAUUUGAUACUUAUUUAUAAUUAUUUGCAUUUCUUCCAGAGCUCUCUGAAGGUCGUGCUCUGUUUCUGCUAGUAUUACGAUGUCGUCUGCAAACCGGAUCAUUGGAAUUAAUAUACCACCCACUUUGAUUCCAAUCCCAAGCCUGUUAAGUUUAUCUUUAACUUCCAUAAUACUUUUUUCUAUGUAGCAGUUGAAUAAUAAUGGUGAAAGUGGACACCCUUGUCUUACACCUCUACGUAUUUUCGCACUAGCUGACUUAUUAUUUAUUUUAAUUUCUGCGCUUUGAUUUUUGUAGAGGUUAUAUAUAAUUCUCCUGUCUUUAAAAUCUAAAUUUAUUUCCUUCAUUAUUGAGAACAUAAUUUUCCAAUCAAUGUUGUCAAAAGCUUUUUCGAUAUCUAUAAAUGAUAAGCAUGUUAUUUUAUUUCGAGAUAUUUGUUUUUCUAUUAAGAUCCUAAGUCCUAAAAUUGCCUCUCUAGUUCCCUUUUGUUUUCUGAAUCCAUACUGGUCAUUUCCAAGAUAUUGGUUGGCUUUAUUAAAUAUCCUUCGAUAUAUAAUUUUUAUGAGUAUCUUUGAGGCGUGGGGGAGUAAGCUCAGAGUUCUAAAAUCUGUACAUGAGUCAGCUUUAUUCUUUUUUGGUAAUGUNUCCAUCGGUUUACCACCCCUCUUGUAUCCAAGAGCAAUUUACCAUUCUUGUCUUUAAUAUUAUUAUUGCGAGUUUUAUUUGUUUUGAGGAAACUUUUAAUGGUUCUAUAGGCUUGAUCUAGCCUACUUGUUGCAAAAAGAUGGUUUAUUUCAGCACAUUGUUGCUCUAGCCAUUAUUCUUUUGCAUUUUCUGAUUCUCUGUUUAUACGGUUUCUUAUGCUUCAGUAUUUUAGUUGUCCUUCUAUGUCAGUCCGAUGUUUGUAUUUUCGUCUUUCCUCAAUUAGGUCUAAGAUAUUUGGGGUGAUCCAUUCCUGACUAGGUAUUUUUCUUUUUACACUUAGUGUGGUUCUUGAGGCGUUUAUUACAGCGCUUUUUAUAUUUUCCCAUCUUUUGUCUAUUGGUUCUUUUCGCUUAUCCUUAUUGUUGUAUAUUUUUUCUAUGUUUUUCUUUAGAUCUUCAACUACUUCCACGUUUUUCAGCUCUUAGAGAUUAUAGUUACGAUUUUUUUUAGUUUUACACAAAAUUUCAUACCCAAUAAUUGGUGGUCACUGUCACAGUCUGCUUCAGGAUAAGUUUUGCAGGAUUUGACUUGGUUUUUAAACCAAUUCUUUACUAGUAUAUAGUCAAUCUGGUAUCUUCCUGUAUCGCCGGGUAUUUUCCAUGUGUAUCUUCUUCUCUUGUGUUCUUUGAAUAGCGUAUUCGUAAUCACGAAACUGUUUUCUCUGCUAAAUUCCACUAAUCGGUCUCCUCUUGCGUUUCUCUGACCUAGUCCAUAUUUUCCCACUUCUCUACCGUCUUUUUCUUCACCUAAAACAGCAUUCCAGUCCCCCAUUAUAAUAACGUUAUCUUUUCCUUUUGUGAGUUUUAGUAGUUCUUCUAUACCAGCAUAUACCUCUUCAAUUUCUUCAUCAUCAGCUCUUAACGUAGGCAUAUAUACUUGAAUUACAAAAAGAUCAUUUGGUUCUGCUUCCAGUUGAAUCAUAAUAAUUCUUUCGCUAUAUAUGAUAUAAUAUGUAACCUUUAUUCCCUAGGUUUUAUGAAGCACUACACCAAUUCCGCAUUGUCCGUUUUUUCCUUAAUUAUUCUAUAGUUCUCUGACCAGAAGUCUCCGCUGUUUGGCCACCUUGUUUCACAUAAACGUAGUAUUUCUAAUUUCAUUAUUUCUAUUUCAAUUAUAAUAUCUUCCAACUUGCCUAUUUGUCGCAUUGUUCUUAUGUUCCAUGUCCCUAUCAUCCUAUUUUUCAUUUUCCUACAGGGAUUCACCACUUGUACCUCGUGCAGGGUAGUUCCCACUCGGAGAUCCGAUUGGGGAACUNCUUGAGAAUGAAUUAUUCUAUAGUUCUCUGACCAGAAGUCUCCGCUGUUUGGCCACCUUGUUUCACAUAAACCUAGUAUUUCUAAUUUCAUUCUUUCCAUUUCGAUUAUAAUAUUUUCCAACUUGCCUAUUCGUCGCAUUGUUCUUAUGUUCCAUGUCCCUAUCAUCUUAUUUUUCAUCUUUCUACAGGGAUUCACCACUUGUACCUCGUGCAGGGUAGUUCCCACCCGGAGAUCCGAUUGGGGAACUAUUUUACCUCCGGAAAUAUUUUUUACUCUGCUAAAGUCCAUGUUGAAUCGAUGCUAAAAACUGUUGUUUAACUAGGGAAAAUAAUGAGGUGGUAUCCCGUUGCCUUCCUCAUCGCAGUGAAGUCGCCAGUUUUACGGCUCCCAUAUCUGCCGACUUUUAUCCGGUGUGUAGCUAUUUCUACCAUAACUCUAUGGUUACCUGCACCUACACCCAGUAUUGUAGAGGCUGCUGCCCCCCUACAAGUCUCUUUUAGUCGCUUUUUACGACAGGCAGGAACAACCGAUGGCCUAUUCUACCCCCGACCAACGGGGGUAAAGCAGGUAAAGAUUUUUAUAACAGACGAAAAUAGCACGAAAAAAGUAAUGGGCGCAAAACGCACGAAAAAGGUAAUGGGCAUAAAACGCACGGGUGCUAAGUGCACGGUGCCUUUUAUACGGAGUUCAUCACGGUUUAGGUAGGGGUGCCAAGCAAUCACCCUGUACUCUAAAAUAGAUCGGACCAAGGACAAAUAAAAAAACGAAGACUAGAGAUUGAAGUGAAGUUGACUGUAUUAUGUUUAAUAAAUCCUAAAACUUUAAAAGCUCUACCAAUAAUAUUGUUUAUAUGGAAUUCAAAAGAAAGAGUAGAAGAGUAGUAGAUGCCAAGGUUUUUGAUAAUUGAGACGUAGUCGACUAGAGAGCUAUCGAUAGAUUAGGCGUGAGAGAUAGGAGUGCGAUUGCGAGAAAAGGACAUAGCGUGGCAUUUGCUGGUAUUGGGAGAAUGGUUCAGCUGUUUAGAUCAGUUAGAGAAGGUAUCGAUAUCUGGUUAGAGGAGAACGCUGUCAGAGAAAGAGUUAACUUUGAGAAACAGUUUUAUGUCGUCGGUGAAUAGAAAUACCUUAGCAUGUAAGAGAAAAUCAGGAAGUGAGUUAACAAAGAGGAUGAAAAGUAGAGGGCAGAGGUGGCCACCUUGAGGAACGCAAGGGUUUGAUUAGAGGCAAGGUAAUUUUGGCUACUGACAGUGCUUUGGAAUUAAAUAAAACCAGAUCAAGAUUACUGCCUGAGCAAUUGGUGAUAUAAUUAAAUUAGAUAAAGUUGAAGAAGGAGAAAGAGUCAACGAUAAGAGUGGAAGCUGGUGUAAGAUCACUAGAGACAGAAAGACCAAAUUCAUCAACGUCCAAGAGACGUAAGGCAUGUUUUAGUUACCAAGGAGAAGAACCUUGUUAGGCUUAUGGCGCAAGAUUAAUUGUUCAUCAGUAUUGGUUUUAAUUUUCCAAUUAGAAAGCCAAUUGUUAAUUGGAUCAAGAUGGUGUUUGAAAGCUUCAAAUACAUCGGUAGAGUAACUAUUGGACGAUAUAAUGGAUAUGUCACUGGUGUAGGUUGGUAGGAAAGAAUUCUAGGUAUGAGGAAUAUCUGCCGUAAAAGUGUUAUACAUUUUGGGGGAGAGGUCACUCCUAUUAGGAACUCCAACUCGAAUAAAAAAAAGGGAGGAAAAACUUUUGACUAAGGAAAAAUUUUCAAGGUAAGAGUAAAUAAGUAGCUAAAAAAGAGCAAAAAAGGAAAAAUUUGAUUUCGUAAAGUAUGUUGACUUGCCAAAUUCUGUCAAACGCUGUAUUGGUAUAACUAUUGAAGUAAUACUAAGUAGGCAUAAUUAUAUACAUUAAUAUGACUAGUGUUUUAAAAUGUUUUUAAAUUAUUAUUAUAGGAGUAUAAAGUCGAUAGUCCAAUAGAUUCAAUUCAAAUUUUUGAGAUGAAUGAGAUGGAUACUUCACUACAAAAUCUGGAAUUGGUAACUUUUCUAAUUUCAUUGAUGAUCAUAUUAAUUCGUAUUUAUAAUUAAGUUUAUUAUAUUAUAAACUUCUAAAAAAUAAUCAUUAGUAUAGGUAAAUAUUGAAAUAGGUAUAAAGUAGCUACAUUUUUUCUUUUUCUUUUUGGACUAGGCUCUCCAGAAAUUAAUUUUUCUAACUUCACCAUAAAUAUAUUCAAUUUUUAAUAUAAUUUAUAUUAUUAAAUAUUUUUAAUUUAAAUAAUACAUCUUGUAAAGCUUGUUUCUGUUUUGAAAAUCUAAUAAAUGGUUCUCUAAAGGAUCUCCCCACACCGAUUUCCUUUCACAAAAGAUGCUAUACUUAGAAAUUCGAGUAAGUCUUCUAGUAGAAAAGUUGUUAACAGUUAAAAAAAAAAAAAUAAACAUCUUUGUAAAACUAUAUGCUUCUUUGCUCCACUCAGAAUUUAAAAUUAUUACCGUUUAUGUUUUUAUACUCAUCAGUAGGGUUCAGAUGUUUAUGCACCUAAAAUAACUAUAAUAUGUAUGCAUUUACGCACUAAAAAAUUACCAAAUAUGCACUAAUAAUCAUAAAAUAUGCAAUUUUAGCUGAAAAACACCUAAAUAUGCGCAAAAAAUAUAUUUUAUCUUAAGUAUUUAAUUUUUUUUAGGAGCUUUGUAGUAGGUAGUUAUUUUUUAUUUAUUUUUUUUUAAUAUUUUAUAUUAAUUUACAAUAAAAUCGUUACACUGUGAUACAAUGGGUUUUUUUUUAAUGAUUUCGAAACUUUACUGAAAUAUAUAUUUAUGUUUUUAAAAUCCCAAAAUAUGCAUUUAAAAUACAAAACCAUAAAAUAUAUAAAAAUAUGCAAAGUAAAAAUGAUACUAUUCGAUUAAGUAAAAUUUGAAUCAAAUUUGUAUCCAGGUCAGCAUUAAAUUGGAUAAAUAGAAAAAAAUAUUCAAUUUCAUAAAUAUUCGAAUCUUACUCUUCAAAUAAGACCAAAUCGUGAGUAGACAAUGAGUUUUCUGGAGGUUUUUCGUUUUUUAUUGUCACUCUUUGAAUCGUACGAGACAUCGAAGUUAUACUUGGUAACUUGCCAACCAUACCAGCUUCAGUUAUUGAAAUUGUUCUACUAAUAGUAUUUCUUGUUGAUAAUUCUGUGGUUAAGACGUUUUCUUUCAAUUGUUUUAUAACUAUUUUUGCCUGGACAUUUGAAAUAUCUGGUUCAUGUGAAUAAACUGACUCUUUUAUAACUGACCCUUUAAAAUUAUUUGAAAUAUUGUUCAAUAAAUGAAAGUAAUUUACAUACCGGUUUCAUCCAUUGUUGAUGUAAAGCAUGAGCUGCAUUUUUAUUUUUGAUAAUCGACACAACGCCAAGUAAAUUGAUCAUCAGGUACCAUUUUUAUAAUAUAUAUAUAUACCCGUUGUGUAUUAAAAGUUUUUUACCUUUUUGGCUUUUAACAAACUUUAAAGGCAUUUUUACGUAACACAAACCGCUAUGAUACCUUUCUCGUCUAAACUGUUGCAAUUAAAUUAUCUGUAUUUGGUAAGCGGGCAAAGAUAGAAAGAUCUUAUCUCUAUAGAUAAAUAUAUAUUUGAUUGUAUAACCCAGUUGUUUAUAGUAGAAACCGGUUAAAAAAUAACUGAAAAAAUAAGUCGUAACAUCUGAUGGUACCGAUGUAAUAUUUUAGAAAAUAUUUUUAUUUUUAUUUUUAAUUCGACGGAGACAUUUUUUACUGGAGAUAUUUCGACGGAGAUAUUUUUACUGGAGAUAUUUUGACGAGUCACCAAAUUUUUGAUUUCUUAAUAGAUAAUAUUUAUUUUAGAUUUUACUAUGAGGAUAACACUACUAUAAUUUUGCUAUAAUAUGUGUUUUUUGCUAUUUUUUUUCUAGGUAUAUAAACACAUUUUCUACCAGAGAUCUUGCUCCGAUCAUCAACUUUAGAAGUGAUGAUUUCUAGUAAUAAUAUUUGUCUUGUUGGUACAAUGAGGAGGUUAUUUUUUUAUUUCCUUUGUAGUAUUCUUAAUUAUAGGGAAAACAACAGGAAAAUUUUUUUUUUUAUAUUUACACAUUAACGGUUUUUGUUUUAUUCUAUUUUGUUUAUUAGUGAAAAAAAAUGAAGGAUGAACAUAUACAGCUCUUUUCAGACAUGACAGAAUUUUCAAAACAUUCCAGCGAUUCUUCAGUCAUUUAUAGUAAUUUUAAAUUUUUGAGUAUUUUUUAUUUGGUUUUCAUGAUUCAAAUUAUUUUGGCCUAUUGAAAAUGUUCAAAAAUUAACGCAAGGUACACGAUAAACACAAGGUUUAUCAUGAGUUGAAAUUAGUCGAAAAAAAAUUCAGUGUAAUGUUGUAAUUUUUUACAACAUUAUGUACGCAAACAUUUUUGAAAAAUUAGUUGAGAUCCUCCGUUUCUUUGCGUCUCCUCUAAUUUGAGCACUGAUUGUAUUAUCUUUAAUAAAACUUCUAGAGUUUCUUACUGUGAUGUGAUCUAUUUUUGUUGCGUUAUAAUCCAUAAUUUUUUGAAUUUAGUAAAUCAUGUAUGGAUUAAUUUAUAGGCUGAUAUAAUUUAUUUUAAAAAAAAAAAAACUAAUAUUUAUUUUUACUUAUUUAGUUACUUUAGGUAUAAUGUUAUUUUAAUUGUUUAAAACAGCGGGAUUCAUUGAGUACACUAUUUCAAAAAGAAUAUCAUACAGCUACGUUUAGUAAAAUCGAGGAUUUUUAUCUUACUGUAAGUAAAUCAAUGGACGCAUAUGUAAUAAAUGUAUUGUUUUAUAGAGUCCUCGAAAUACUGGUGUACGUUCUAGAAGUGUACAAUUCAGAAUUGAACAAUUUAAGAACUAUGUUGCGCACAUUUGAAACUGAAGAGUUGCUGGUAGAAAAUAUUAUUAACCAAUUUCUAUAUCUCGGAGAUCAGUUUACACUUUUUCAAGCCACGUGGGAAUUGUACACUAGCGGUAAUCCCUUGACACUUGACAAAUAUACAAUACCCGACGUUGACAGGAUGUUCAAUUUCGCGAGAUUUGUAUACUUGCGUAGCGUCAUCCAAUAUACCGUAUCGCCAUUCAAUAUUGAAAGAAUAAAUACAUUUCUAAAAGAUGUGCGAUUCCGCCGGGUUUCUGGUUUACACGAACCGAAUACUUCCAGUCAGUGGUCCAAUCCAUCAAAAGAACUUGCAGAAAUCAAUAUUUAUUUGUUGAAAUUAGUUGAACUGAAAAUUCCAAAUGUAAUACAAUUUUAAAUACUUUAUACGAUUCAUGUUAUACAAUAUAUUAUACAUAUAUUAUUAUUAUUAGUUAAAAAAAAAUUAUAGGUUCCUACAAUUACAAACUAAAAAUACCAUUACCUACACAUAUUGCUUACAUGUAUGAAUUGUAGUAUGCAAUACGUAAUUAUAUAGGGCUACAUAAUAUAAGAUUUAUUGUAACUUAUGUAUACACUUUCUUAUAUAUGUAUUAUAUUAUACCUAUCUAUUAUAUUUUUUAAUAAAUGAAAC